CUUAUCGUCUACAGAUCGUGCGCGAAACUCGCGGGUUUUGUGUUUCCAAUGUAAAGUGCGGCAGCCACCGCGAAAAGGUGAACGCAGUCGUUUUUCUUUUAAAUAUUUUUUUUGUUGGCGGAGUUUUUUUUUCGUUCACCAAAACGUGUAUCGCAUCAGCUGUCCACAGACUGUGUAAUCGUGAAGCGAACCGAAACAGCACAGAACAGUUUUUGUGUGUGUGCGAGGUUUUUUUAAAGUGUUUCUUCAAACAAAAAAUCCCCUCUCGAGUUCACCGAGUUCAGUGUGCAUCCUGUGUGAACCUUGACAUACGGCAAAAACCGCCAAAGGGAACGAAAAGAAGGUGUUGACGGUGUAUCCAGUGUUCAUAUCUUGCCUCCCUCCCCAGCAGUGGGUUCCGAGGUGGAAUUUUGAAUUAGCAAACAAGCAGUGGCAAGCGGCAACAGAGUUGGUGUGGCCAACACUUCAAGCCAUCGUGCAUUUUUGCAAAGUGAUCGCACGAGUGAAAGUGUUCACAACAUAGUUUGUUGUUGCCGGAGGAUUUGUAAAGCUCGCGCGUGUGUGUGUCUGUGUGUGCACAGGUGCAGUGUUGUGCAGUUGAACGUCGUGAAUAACGCAGCGCAGCUGACUAUACAUCAAUCCGAAAAUGAGUACCGGCGGCGGUGGUAGCGGAGGCGGUGGCGGCGGAGGCAGCGGAUCUGGCCCGAUGGGGCGCAUCGUCGACAAAAUCAAGCGCACGAUGACCAGCGAAGGAGGAGAUGAAAUUCGUGAUCCACUGCAGUACGGUUAUCAGCGCGUUAACACGGCUGAAGGAUCGCUUUCCACCUCGACGACCGCAACCAGCCUGGACACGAUCGUGCUCGACACGAACGCGGAGGAUUUGGCGAGCGUGCCACCACGCACCCUCCAGCAUCAUCAGCCGCAGCGCACCUUCAGCCCGAUACUCGAGACGGACGAUACGAACCCGUUCCUGGAGCCGGUCGAGAAAGCCAAAUCUAAGUCCUCGCUCAAGAGCUCGCGCGUAUCGUUCGACCAGGAGGACGACCGGUUCGAUGAGGACGAGAACAGCUUCCGCAAGCAGCGGGAACACUUCCAGAAGCACAAAAGCCACAGCACAUCCGAGCACAAGUCACAGCUAAUCAAGGAAUUACGGCACCUGCUAGCGACCGACAACAGACGGCAGUUCCAGGGCAAGAAGCAUGUAUCGCUCGACGUGAAGAGCGCGAAGGUGCUCGAGCAGCUGCUGAAGGCGUCCUCAUCGUCGGACGAUUUCGAGGGCCAGCGGAAGGAGUUCCAGGAGCGCAAACACAAGAGCCUCGAUGCGCGACACAUUUCGUUCAAGUUCGACAAGGAACCGUCGCCGUCGAGCAGCGACGAAGAUUUUGAACCCUCCACCAGCCUGCUAAGGAUCGAUGCGGACAUUACCAAGCCGGUCAUCAUUGACCUGAAGGAUCUAGAUUCGAGCGACGAGGAGGACUACAUCAGCUCACGCAAACAUUUCCAGCAGUCCAAGUCGAUGAGUACCGACUCGCGGAAAAGCAUUCGCUUUCUGGAAAUGGAAAUGGGCACGAAGGAGGAGAAUAUGCGCACCGCCGUCCCGUUCGUGCGACAGAUCACCGAGGAGGGCAAACCGAAGCUGGAGGUGUACCGGCCAACGACAAAUCCGAUCUACAUCUGGACACAGGUGCUGGCCGCCCUGUCGGUGUCGCUCGGCUCCAUGGUCGUGGGAUUUUCGUCCGCCUACACCUCACCCGCCCUGGUAUCGAUGAAGGAUCGCAACAUUACAUCGUUCGAGGUGACGGACCAAUCGGGCUCGUGGGUCGGUGGUAUUAUGCCGCUCGCCGGUUUGGCCGGUGGCAUUCUCGGCGGGCCAAUGAUUGAGUAUCUCGGGCGCAAGAACACCAUCCUGGCGACGGCAACACCGUUCAUCAUUUCCUGGCUGCUGAUCGGUUGCGCCACGCAUGUCGCAAUGGUUCUGGUUGGUCGUGCACUGUCCGGUUUGUGUGUCGGUAUCGCUUCCCUCUCGCUUCCGGUCUAUCUCGGCGAAACGGUACAGCCGGAGGUGCGCGGUACGCUCGGCCUGCUUCCGACCGCCUUCGGUAACAUCGGCAUCCUGCUGUGCUUCGUUGCGGGCAAAUAUCUGGACUGGUCGGGGCUGGCAUUCCUCGGUGCAGCGCUCCCGAUACCGUUCCUGUUGCUGAUGUUCCUCAUUCCCGAGACGCCCCGCUGGUACGUGUCGCGCAACCGGGAGGACCGUGCACGCAAAGCGCUCCAGUGGCUGCGCGGGCGCAAGGCGGAUGUGGAGCCGGAGCUGAAGGGCAUCUCGAAAUCGCACCAGGACGCGGAACGGCACGCGUCCAGCAGCGCCAUGCUGGAUCUGCUCAACAAGGCCAACCUGAAGCCGCUGCUCAUUUCGCUCGGGCUGAUGUUCUUCCAGCAGCUGUCCGGUAUCAAUGCGGUCAUCUUCUACACGGUGCAGAUCUUCCAGAGCGCCGGCUCGACGAUCGACGAGAAGCUGUGCACGAUCAUCGUCGGUGUGGUGAACUUUAUCGCCACCUUCAUCGCGACCGUGCUGAUCGAUCGGCUCGGCCGCAAGAUACUGCUGUACAUCUCGGACGUGGCCAUGAUCAUUACGCUCAUGACGCUCGGCACGUUCUUCUACAUGAAGAACAACGGUGACGAUGUGUCCGAGAUCGGUUGGUUGCCGCUGGCCGCGUUCGUUGUGUUCGUCGUAGGCUUCUCGCUCGGGUUCGGCCCCAUUCCGUGGCUGAUGAUGGGUGAGAUUCUGCCGGGCAAGAUUCGCGGUUCGGCCGCGUCCGUUGCGACGGCAUUCAACUGGAGCUGCACGUUCGUGGUGACGAAGACGUUCGCUGACAUUACCGCUUCCAUUGGUAAUCACGGUGCGUUCUGGAUGUUCGGCUCGAUCUGUAUCGUCGGUCUGCUGUUUGUGAUCGUGUACGUGCCGGAGACGCAGGGCAAAUCGCUCGAGGACAUUGAGCGCAAGAUGAUGGGUCGCGUGCGGCGCAUGAGCUCGGUGGCCAACAUCAAGCCGCUGUCGUUCAACAUGUAAAAGCGUUCGAAGCGCUUAGGCACUAAUUUGACAGAGACGCGCUCUCGAGCGUCGCGCGCCACACAUUGCGGAUGGUGCUAACUCACACAAAAGUCCACACAGGCCCACACACAUAUGGCGGAGGGGAAUGAGGCAAAGCAUAUAAGUACUAGAAUGUGAUAUGAUCCAAUAGAUUCUGUUUUCGCCGUCAGUGGCUCAGAGGAUUUACUCGAUUUUGUUUGCGUAGGUUUUUAGGAAGCAUCCACAUCCGCAUCCACAUCCGCAUCCGCAUCUGCUGGACAAUGUCUAUUGGAUUUGGUAUCUCUCUUUCUCUCUUUUUGCCUCACGGUGUACACUGUGAGGUUUCAAAAUUAACCAAAACCAAAAAGGCGAUGUAGGCAAACUCGAUCAGGCAACGUAGCGCAUUAUUGAUCUAUUCCAAUGAAAUUGGAUAAGCUUAUAGAUGCUAGGAGUGCGUGUAGUAGAGCUAGACACAACCCGCACCUGCUAAAACCGUGUGAUGGCAUUGUCCCACAGGGCGCAACAGAUGGAUGGGGAUGCGCGAACCUUCCGUAGUUUAGUAGGGUUGGGGGUCGCGUGGUCGUCGGAAACGAACGCGUUGACUCGGCCAAACCGACCAGGAUGUAGUGGCGGAAGCAGUAGGUAUAGUUGUAGCAGUACCUCAUGUAAUGCAUGUCUCAAGGUUAUUUUAUAGUAUCGAUCGAUAAGAUUAGUGAACGAGGGCUUCACGCGUGAAAAGCAGCAAACAAAUGGCAACAUAUUAGUCUACACAGAGAGAGAGAGAGAGAGAGAGAGUAGAGGGAGAGCUGUGAUUGUUUAAAAAAAAAAGGAAUGCUAAACCUUUCACUGCGAACACAGUGAACACACAGUGUAACGAAAGGCAGGGUUAUUUUUUCGUCGUUAUUGUUGUUUAUGUAGCCGUGAGGCGGUGAGCCAGUUUCGGUUUAGUACGAACAAUAUUUCUUUUACUUCUGUGUUCGGCAGUAACAAAGAAGAAUCAGCCAACGCACACAAACAUCUAUUGUCUUAUAAAUGUUAGCAAAGAGGAGAGUGCUUCAUAUCUCGGCAAUCGGAACCGUACUGGACCUUUCACCGACGCGAAUGUGUAUAUAAUAUAUACGAGGCAACAAUUAUUGAUUAAUUAAAUGAAAUUAUAAACCCACACCACGGUCUCCCCUCUUCGAAACAUUGCAGCAGCAGCACCAGUAGCAGUAAGUGCGGCGGCAACAGGAUACAUAAUUAUACAGCAUGACAGCAUGACAAUUGGAUCAGUAGCGAUAACGGCGAUGCAAAACAUCCGUGGAAUCUCAUCCGUGGAAGAGUUGCAUUGUGGUCUGUACCGGUUUAAUGAUAUUUAUACAGUCACAACGUCCACACGAAGCCGGCAGCCCAUGAGCAUGGUUUUGUUUAGUUUGUUUCUAUGAGAUUAGCCGAGAUUAAGGCCCAAACAGGGGCAGAAAAGAAUAGCGCCCGAUGCCCGAUCAAUCAAGACUAUCUUUAAGGAUCGUUUGGAAUGUCGCCAUUAAUGACAUACAGGCCUUUAGAGACAGGAUUAUUAAUCCCUUCUGUAGAAAUAUUGUUUUGUAGCAUCUUCUUUUUUUAAUUAUGCUAAAAUAUGUAUAAUAAAAUCAAUACACGCUA